GGGGCUCGGGGCGGCCGCCCCAGGAGCCGGAGCCCGCAGCGGGAAGCGGCCGCCACCCGGGCCGCGCGGGGCAAGGCGAGGCGGGGCGGGGCCGGGCGUGACGGGAAGGGGAGGCCGCGCGGAUCGGGAGCAGCACCGUGCCAGCUGGGCUGCAUCGGCCGCUCACCGAGGCCGCGAUGGGGCUGGAGACGGAGAAGGCGGACGUGCAGCUCUUCAUGGACGACGACUCCUACAGCCACCACAGCGGCCUCGAGUACGCCGACCCCGAGAAGUUGGCGGACUCGAGCCAGGACCGGGAUCCCCACCGGCUCAACUCGCAUCUCAAGCUGGGCUUUGAGGAUGUGAUCGCAGAGCCGGUGACUACGCAUUCCUUUGACAAAGUGUGGAUCUGCAGCCAUGCCCUCUUUGAAAUCAGCAAAUACGUAAUGUACAAGUUCCUGACGGUGUUCCUGGCUAUCCCCUUGGCCUUCCUUGCGGGAAUUCUCUUUGCCACCCUCAGCUGCCUGCACAUCUGGAUUUUAAUGCCUUUUGUAAAGACCUGCCUAAUGGUUCUGCCUUCGGUGCAGACAAUAUGGAAGAGUGUGACAGAUGCUAUGAUUGCUCCAUUGUGUACGAGCAUGGGACGAAGCUUCUCUUCUGUCAGCCUGCAACUGAGCCAGGACUGAAUAUUUGGACCCCAGGUCUGGAGAUUUGGAUACUGUAAUACUUCUUUGAUAUUAUAACACAAAAGCACCACUGUUCUGUUCAUUUCCUAGCUGUUCUAAUUAACAAAACUGUUAAGAUGAGCAACCACAUUUAGAAAUGUUUAUUGGCAGAUAUUUUCAAAUAAUGCUUUCUAAUUAAUAGCCAAAGAUUUCAUACCUAACUUUGUAACCAGAAUUAUACCGUAAGUUGACAACACUUAGAUUUAAAGGCAAACAGUUUUGCUUUAGUACAAUAGUACACAUUUUAUAAUGAUGAAUUUAUAAUAAUCAAGGGACAUUGCUAUCAAAAUAUUACAAUAGUUUUAUGCACAACUUCCCAUUAAAAAAAUGAGAUUUCUCAUUUGUGUGUUUGUUUUUACUUUAGGAGUAAACCGUUUUAAAUUAGCUUUACAGACAUGGUCACUAGUAUACUUAGAAUAUACAAUGAUCCUGGAAAUUGCAGUAAUAAAAGCACACAGUGAUUGUAGUAACUAUCAGACACAAUAAAACAAAUAAAUGUGAAAGUAGAUUCAUGAAAAUGUAUUCCUUUAUUGUUUUCCUACAGGCCUAUUUAACAAGAUGUUUCAUUUUACUGUAUAUUUUGUACUUAAUAUAAAUGUUGCUCUAAUCAGAUUGCUUAAAAGCAUUUUUAUUAUAUUUAUGUUGUUGAACUAAUAUAUGAAAUAAGUAAAUUUAGUUCCCACAAGGUAAACUUCAUUGGUAAGAUUGCACUGUUUUGAUUAUGUAAGCAUUUAUAUAUCUUCUUUGAAAAUAAAAUAUAAAAGAGCGAUACACAAAGCUUUCUUUUCUAAACUUUCCGAGAAAAAUAUGAAAUGUUUUAUGACUGACAUUUAUCUGGUUGUGCUUUUAAAAUAAUUCACAUCUAAAUAUUAUUUUGUCUAGGAGAUGCUUUCUUUCUAGUAGUUAGAAAUUAAACUUGUGUCUGCAUUCCUAUUAAUGUUUCACUUUACUUUCAAGUAAUAUUGGUGCUAUUUAACAUUUUACGGUAAAGGCUACUUCUGAUACUUUAGUACAAUUUCAACUACAGUGAUUCAUGUAGAGAGACAGGAAAGUUGUCAACUUGUUAGGCUACUGAGCUGCAUGCAUAAACUAAAAACUAACAGCUACAAACUUUUAAGAUGUUCUGUAAUAUGCGUAUGUAACACAGGAUAAAGUUAUUCUUGUCAUUUUGAGCUGUAGAGUCCUAUUUCAGUGUGAUGAAUCACUGUUGCUUUGAAAAAUCUCAUUUCAAAAUGAUAGACAUAUACCAAAAAAAGUCUAUACUGUGAGUAGUUACUAAAUUUUACACACCUUAAAAGUGCAUAUAUGCUUAAAUUUCAGAAUUGCCAUUGGAACUUGAAUUGACUUUCCUUUGAAUACCCUUAUAAGUGACAAAUACGAUUAAUAAGGUUUUUCAAAAUUGCUGGGACUGGUGAAUAUAAAUGAUGAUUAAACUGGAAUACUAUUGGGGACCAAAUCAAAUGAAUGAUUCAAUUAUGAAGCUCAUAUCCUUUUGAAGGUAGUUGCAAAAGGGACAUUUCAAAACUGCCCUAAGCCAUCGUAGCAUCCUUAAGUGGAACACAUAAUCAUUACCUUAAAGCAUCACCACUCAUUUGGACCAUAUAGAUUUUAUUAUGUUAGUUUAAAAGGUCAAUCAGUCUCAUGACUUUAUAGUUAUGUCUUGUAUUUUAAAACAUUUUUUAAACAUUUGGAUAAACCAGAAAUAUUUUAAUAAAAUAUCUAUUUUAAUAAAUUAUGAGCUUCUAUCUUUUCAAAUAGCAAGUUUUAAACCCAAAACAUGUAUACAUAGUUCUGUAAUAAAACUGUGUGACUUCUAACAAGUAACAUGUGAUUUUAUUAUUUCUGAACAGUACUGGUUACUUUCAAAAUGAAUUUUUAUUGAGAUUUUCCAUUAACUAUUUUUUUCAAAGACACAUUUUGUACCAAGUAAUCCCAGGCUUUAUGGACAAACAUGUUGUUUCUUUUAUUUGGGGCUGGGAGAGGUAUAUGCUGAGCAGACUGCCUCAGAAUUCUUAAUAAAUUUUCUAAAAACCUA